AUGUCGGAUGGGAUGCAGACUCCUCCUCACGGGACCAAGCAGACCGUUGUUGAACUGGGUCCCCAACGCGCCAAGCGCGCAGACAUCAUGGCUGAGCUCUGCGCUUUGCGUCAACCACAAUAUCCUCUCGACAUGCGCUUUAUCUUGUCAUCGCCUAGAAACGCCGAAUUUGAACCGCCUUUGAUGCACUACGGAGUCGCGUUGUCCAAACACGAGCUCUUGCGCUGCGUCACACAACUCGGAAUCGCUCCUGCGGUUUUUGAUCUCACUGGGCUGACAGGGCGUAGCAAAAGGUCCUCGUACGACGCCACUCAAAGCUAUAGCUACGAACGCGAAGCUCGCGAGAAAUUGCUUUGUUAUUUCUAUCAGCAACCCGAGAUUCGCAAGUUGGCCACACGUUUCGAGUUCAGGGAUUGCUUUGUACCAGACUCUCAAGACGCCUAUGUCUUGUCCCUAUACACAAACUAUUCUAUGGAGGAGAAGGUGUGGAGUUCUUCACGGAAAAGGGAGGCCGUCGAGGGCAAGGUUACGGAGGUGUUGUUCCGGCAUCUCGAUGGGAAGCCGAGCUUCAAGUGGUACUGGGAUAUGCAAGCAUGCGGAUUUGGGUACUGCGCUCCUUGGGACGAGUUCAACAUCUGGCCCAUCUCUGAGACGCCUCGCUGGACUCGAAAGAUCGACCAUACCCAUCCUUCCAAGGGUCGACUCUUGAGGAUGCCGCGGUCUGGCCGCUCAAGGUCGUUCCGCUCUCGAUAG